CCCCCCUCUUGCUCAUGACUACCACAGUCUCUCAAUUCUCACACCCUCGCAGCCACACCUCUCUGCUUAAACCAAACACUUCCAUCACUCACCAAACACAUCACUUGAUCAUCACACCAUCAACAUGUCACAGAAUGAAGAUGGCACUUGGGAUGUGAAGGCAGUGGCUGCCAUGAGGUUUCAAGGCAAUCAACUGUACUUCUUCUUGCUCUGGAGCAAUUCAGAUGAGGGCUGGGUUCACAUCGAUGAUUUGACUUCCUAUCUCUCUCCUCUUGCUUUCUGGAAUUCGAUCAUCACACCUAAAGACUGGGAUCCUAAAAAUCCUAAGGAGGGUCAGACUGUGUGGCAUUCUGCCUUUAGCAACAAUGCCUUUCCUCUGGGUCCUAUCCCUGAACACCUCUUGAAGGUGUACAAGGACAACAAGCAGUACCAGUUUAUGGCUCGUUCCUCGAUUGGACAGAAUCCAGAUGGCUUGUGGGACGUCAAGGAAAUCAUCGCUAUGAAGAUCAAGGCUGAGCAAGUGUAUUUCUAUGUGCACUGGGCAAAUGAUGAUAAGACUUGGAUCCAUGUUGAUGAUUUUAAAUCCUAUCUGCCUCCCCUGGCUUUCUGGUAUGGAAUGGUUGAACCUCUUGAGUGGUCUUUCUAUCUCGCUCCUCUAGCUUUCUGGAAUGAGAUGAUUGAACUCAGUAUUUAUUAACACUUCAAUGUGACAAUCAACAAAGAAUUAUGUCAAAAAGAGAAGGCAAAUUGAAGACUGGAGAAUACAAGAAAGUAGCUACAGUAUUUAUACCCAAAUCCAGUCUGAGUCAUAUCUACACCAAAUGAGUCAUGAGACUAUGUACCACGUGGAACACUGGUCAUAGGUUGUAGUUGAACCUUCUGAAGCAUGUGUUGCACAGCCUUGGAUCAAUAGAGAUGAUCUUCC